UGAGAGGAGAGGCAGCAGCGGUUCCUCAUCACUAUGACACACAGUCUGAGGAUAUAAAAGCCUGGGCCACUCCUUCUGCUCCCGCUGCACGGCUUCAGACAGCAGCUCACUUCAGGUUGCCGGACAGAGAGCGAGUGUCUGAGAGAAUGGCAACGUUAGUUGAUUCUGUAGAUCCUCCAGCACCCUUCGGAGGUGUCAGCAACAUCAAGAACACGGCAUCACCCACGGCCUCGACACAUCACUUCGAUGAGGGCAAAUUUUAUCUGCUGGUGGUCAUCGGGGAGCUGGUCACUGACGAGCAUCUGAAGUGUGCCAUUGCGGACAUUGAGAAAGGAAUCCGUUCAUGGGACACAAACCUGAUUGAUUGCAACCUGGACCUGGAGUUGAAGCUUUUUGUUUCUCGACACUCUGCCAGGUUUUCAGCUGAUGUGAGAGGACAAAAGAUUCUGCAUCACAAAAGUAAUGUGUUGGAGACGGUAGUGCUCAUCAACCCUUCAGAUGAAGCUGUUAGCACAGAGGUACGUUUGAUGGUCUCAGACACAGCCCACCAUAAGCUGCUUGUCCUGGCAGGACAGUGUUUUGAAAAUACAGGCGAGCUGAUUCUCCAGUCAGGCUCCUUUUCUCUCUUCAAUUUCAUUGACAUUUUUACAGAUCAAGAGAUUGGAGAGCUUCUAAGUACCAUACAUCCAGCCAAUAAAGCCAGUUUAACUCUUUUCUGUCCGGAACAUGGUGACUGGAAAAAUUCAAACCUAGACAAACAUAACUUGCAGGACUUCAUCCAUAUGAAGCUAAACUCCCCAACCAUCCUUCCAGAAAUGGAAGGUCUUUCUGAAUUCACAGAGUACCUGUCAGAAUCUGUAGAAAUCCCAUCUCCUUUUGACAUGCUUGAACCCCCAACUUCAGGAGGGUUCUUAAAAUUAUCCAAACCAUGCUGUUAUAUUUUCCCUGGUGGACGGGGUGAUUCAGCACUGUUUGCGGUUAAUGGCUUCAACAUGCUGAUUAAUGGUGGAUCCGAUAGAAAGUCAUGUUUUUGGAAGCUGGUACGACAUCUGGACAGAGUGGAUUCUGUUCUCCUCACACACAUUGGAGAUGACAACCUUCCUGGUAUCAAUAGCAUGUUGCGGCGCAAAAUAGCAGAACUUGAGGAGGAGCAGUCUCAGGGAUCCACAACUAACAGUGACUGGACAAAGAAUAUGAUUUCACCUGAUAUUGGAGUUAUGUUUGUCAACAUGCCUCAGAACCUAGGAAACGCUGAACCCAGCUUCAGGAUUAGGAAAAAUGCUGUGGAGGCAUCUCUCACACUGGAGUACCUAAACAAGCUGUCUUUAAAGCCUGAACCUCUGCAUAGGAAUAUUGGGAAUACAGUAGAACCAAUUAUACUUUUCCAGAAAAUGGGGGUCGGAAAGCUUGAAAUGUUUGUUCUUAACCCAGCAGAGAAUAGCAAGGAACUGCAGUACUUCCUGAAAGAAUGGACUGGUAGUGAUAAAGACAGAGCCCCCAUCUUGUUGCCAAAUGGAAAAGAAUCAGAGCUCCCAAUCUCAUAUUUGUCUUCUAUCUCAUCACUGAUUGUGUGGCAUCCUGCUAACCCAUCAGAAAAAAUCAUCCGUGUUCUCUUUCCAGGCAAUUCCACUCAGAAUAAUAUUCUCGAUGGCCUAGAGAAACUUAAACACUUAGACUUCCUCAAACAUCCUGUGAUCACACAAAAGGAGCUUAAUUCAGAUUUCACACCAACGCUGAAACAAGCAAAGAUGAAACAUAAGACAGAUAGUAAAGAGAGCCUGAAGUCCACAUCAAAGCCAUCCCCAAGCAAAAAUCUCCAUAAAGAGUCCAAAGAAGAAUCCCCUGAAAAACUAAAAACCCUCAGUAAAACUGACUCUUUGAAAACCCUGGAGCCGACACAAAAAAUAGAGAAGAAAGAAAAAACACUUGUGAAAAAAGUGAAAACAGGAGACAAGGACAGUAAAAGCAAGAUUGAGCAAACACCCAAAGUCGACACUCCAGAGAAAAAGACAGUUGACCUUAAACCAAAAACAAUAAAGAAAGAAACAAAGAAAUCCGUGGAAAAAAGUGAGGCUGAAAAACCUGCACCCAAGAAAGAAGAAAAGGCCAAGAAAGAAGAGGUGAAGAAGGAAAUUAAAAGACGAGUUAUUAAGAAAGAUUCCCUAAUAAAGGAGAGCAGAAAGGAUGAAAGGAAAGAAAUUCAGAAAGAAGAAAAAGAACCUAAAAAAGAUUUUAGAAAAAUCGGUGGCUUGAAAAAGAAUGCGCCUAUCACCCCUGAGGUGAAAAAACCUGCACCUAAACCAAAGGUUGCAGCACGAGGCAAGGGCCCUGGUAGUCCUGCAAAAUCCAAAGAGAAGGCUAAGUCCAAGCCCACUAAAAAAGAUGCUGAACCAGUGGAAGCACCUUCCAUCUCAAGUGCUACUGCUGAAGAACCUGCUGUUGAAGCCAGUGUAACAGAUGUUCUUGAGGCAGAGAGGUCACUGAUGUCUUCUCCAGAAGACCUCACUAAAGACUUUGAGGCUCUGAAAGCAGAGGAGACUGCUGAAGUUGAUGAGACCCUAUUACAGACCAAAAUAGAUGAUUCUGAUCAAGGAAAGUUGAUUAAACAUGAAGAAAUAACUCCUUGCAAAGAGUCUCCAGAAGCAGCAGAGUCCCUGGAUGAAGGAAUAGCAACCACAGAAGCUGAGGAGGAAUGUGGUGGUACUCCAGGGGAUCUAGAACCCAAUCAAAAAAGCAAUGGUACCAGUGAAAAAUUUGAAGAUGAAGGAACAGGUUUGGAAGAAUCAUCUGAGAUAGGAGAUUAUGAAGAAAAGGGAGAUACAGAGGAAGUGGAUGAGCAAGACAAAGCAAUAUCUAAGUUAAAAGAUGAUGCAGAGCAAGACGAGCAGGAAACCAAGGAAGGAUCAGAUUACAGCGCAGAAGAACCACAAUAUAAACAUGACAAAGAAACUGAGUUGCAGAGUCUUGAUGUAACCACACCACCAAAGAUCUCUGAACCGGCAUCUCCUGCUGUUUCUAUUCAUGAUGAAACACUACCAGCAGGUUUAGAAAGUGAGGGCGCCUCUGAUGAUGAAAAUCGAGAUGAGCCUCCAGAAGAAUACACAACAUCUGGACAUACUCAAUCUACAAUUGAGAUCUCAAGUGUUCCGACACCUAUGGAUGAAAUGUCUACACCAAGAGAUGUAAUGAGUGAUGAGACAACCAAUGAUGAAAGUGAUUCUCCUUCCCAAGAUUUUGUCAGGUACGGUAUGACUACAGAUAAUGAGAGAAAGACCCUUUCACCUCUUCAAGACCUUCCUGAAAUAGAUCACUCAAAGAGUUAUGCCACUGAGGGGCAUGACUAUCAUGCAUCAGCUUCCACCAUUUCACCACCAUCUUCACUGGAGGAAGACAAAUCUGCCAAAGAGUUUUUAGCUAAAGACACAUUCUCUUUUGAUUCAAUCAGGCUCAGUGCUACCAGUACAACUUUGCCUUUUGUCAGGUCACCUUCUGGUGACCAAAAUGUGAAUGUUGACCAUGUUCAUGCAGGUGUAUCUUCACCAAUUGAACUGGGAACCACACUGGCAGGGAUGUCAAAAGGAAUGGAAUCAUACAGUCCAGAUGAGAAAACCUUAGAGGGCCCUUUAUCUCCUCAGUCCUCAGGUCACACACCUUACUACCAAUCCCCAGUAGAGGAAAAAGCUGGCACUCUACUACUGGACAAAACACCUGAGUCCCAGGGUCCUAUUAUUGUUGACAUCACAAGUGACAAGGAAUACUUUCCCAAAGAGGCUAGUCCUAUUGAUGAAGCAGUGCCUGUGUUGCCAAUGGGUAAGAAGCAAUCACCGAGUUAUGCAUCACAUUUAUCAACCAAUGUUGAGCUUGACCACAAGACCCCAAGCCAGACUGACAAUAAUGAUAAAAAGUUAGCAACUGAUGACAGUUCUUCAGUUACAUCUGCUACGUCUUUGCCACCGACCAAUGUAGAGAGCCUUUCUGAUACAAAUCCUUUCACAGCAUUUAAAGAGGACAGCAAAAUGUCCAUAUCUGAGGGGACCACAUCUGAUAAGUCUGGCACUCCAGUUGAUGAGGUUGUCGCAGAGGACACAUUUUCACACAUUGCCUCUGCCUCAACAGCAUCGCUCGCAACAAGUUCUUUACCAGAACCUACAACAGAUGAUGUCUCUCCAUCACUUCAUGCUGAAGUUGGCUCCCCUCAUUCCACAGAAGUGGAUGACUCCCUAUCUGUCUCUGUUGUUCAGACUCCGACCGCAAUGCAAGAAGCAGAAGUUUCCCCUUCCAAGGAGGACAGUCCCCGGCCUAUGUCGAUCUCCCCUGAUGUUUCCCCAAAAACGGCAAAAUUGAGAAUGCCACAACAGGAAACAGAAUGCCCUGAGCAGUCUUUGUCAGUUGAGUGUGGACAAGAAUCCCCAGAACACUCAUUUGCAUUAGAUUUCAGCAAGCAGUCACCAGAUCAUCCAUCUUUAGGAGGAAUGCAGCGUACAGCCACUGAAAAUGGCCCAACAGAAGUUGAUUACAGCCCCUCAGAUGGAACCAGUGUCAUAAGAGAACAACACAGACCUGGGGAAGAUGGGGAGAAGGCAAUGCUUUUCAAAGAUUCUGAUAGUAUCCAAGCUGCUUCAGUUUCCCCAUCAGAUGCCUCUCUUUCCACCCCAUCAGUUACAACACCCUCCCAAAUUGGGGAGCCAAAAGAAGAUUCUCCAAAUUUAGAACAUUUCUCAGAGUCUGUUACUCCAAAACAGUCACCCCACAAUCACUCCCCUUUAUCUUCUGACUCAUCUCUUGUUCUAGGUGGACCAAGCACCUCACAUGAAGGAACAGAUAAAGAUAAACCUAGUCCCAGCUCAUUUUACAAAGAGAUUGGUAUGGAUAAAAUAGAGGACAGACAAAAUCUAGAGAAGACUCCUCCACAGACAGGGUCCCCCUCAUCCCCUACGGUGUUAUCUUGUUUUUCUCCAAAGUCAGAAGAGCUGAAACUUGGCUUAGAGACAAAUCCCUUCACAGACUCAAAAUCCCCUACCAGUCCCAAAAAGACAUCUCCAGCUCAACAUUCUCCUAGUUCCAAUCAGACAGACAUUCAAGAGAAGUUUUCAAGCAGCUCCUCAUCAUAUUCCUACAGCUGUCAUUAUGGGGAAUCUACUCAAAUUUGUGAUGGUGGGUCCAUAGGGCCAGAUACCGCAAAAAUAAGCCCUUCUCAGCCACAAGCAGUUGUGGACUUGUGUUUGGUGACCUCCUGUGAAUACAGACAUCCAAAAACAGAGCUUUCUCCAUCCUUUAUAAACCCAAGUCCUCUUGAGUACUUCAUGAAUGAGGAACAUCCUCUGAAGGAGGAAAAGCCGCUUGCUAAGUCUGGAGGAGGACCACCCCCAUCUGGAGGGAAACAGCAGAGCAAGCAGUGUGAGGAAACUCCUCCAACUUCUGUAAGUGAAUCAGUGCCCUCUCAAACAGACUCAGAUGUUCCUCCUGGCACAGAGGAGUGCCCAUCAAUAACUGCAGAAGCAAAUAUUGACUCUGAGGAUGACUCAGAAACAUUACCAACAGAUAGGACUAUCACUUAUCGUCAUGCAGACCCACCUCCAGUCAUUCCCAGAGACCCUGCUCCUGCCCCACCUCAUCCUGAUGCCUGCAUGGUGGAUCCUGAGGUCCUUAAGGCUGAAGAGGCAUCCCAAAAAGAUGAAAGAGGAAAGCCAAAAAAGAACAUCAGCAGCAAGACUAAGCCAUCUGCAACCAAGAGCUUGUCAAAAACAAGUGCCAUCAAAGAUUCAAAAGUGUCCUCUCCGAAAAAGACUACAGAAGAUAAAGAUGCCAAAAAUGCUACUAAUACCUCUGCAUCAAGGGGAGUGAAAAGCAGCACUUCAGGAAGCACUAAGUCCAGCAGUGUCCUCCACUGUCCUAACUGUCCUCCAAUGUAUAUGGACCUAGUUUAUAUACCAAAUCAUUGCAACGCUAAGAAUGUGGAUGCUGAGUUCUUUAAACGGAUCCGGUCCUCCUACUAUGUAGUCAGUGGUAAUGAUCCAACAGCACAGGAGCCCAGUAAGGCAGUUCUGGAUGCUCUGUUGGAAGGAAAGAGCCAGUGGGGAAAUAAUGUGCAGGUCACACUGAUUCCAACACAUGAUACAGAAGUUAUGAGGGAGUGGUACCAGGAAACCCAUGAGAAACAGCAAGACUUGAACAUCAUGGUUUUGGCGAGCAGCAGCACUGUUGUUAUGCAAGAUGAGUCUUUCCCUGCAUGUAAGAUUGAGCUGUGAUUGUCAUGAACCAGACUUGGUAGAGGUUGGAUGGUAGACAUUAAAUAAAUGAAAAACUUAGUACACACAUUCACAAAAGUAAAUAUUUUGGAUCACAUUCCAUUUUAUCAAUAGAGUAACCAGUAAAAAUGUUUCUCUGUAGAAUAAUCUCUCUAACUUUUGAGGUCUCAGGUGUUGAAAAUGCUUGGUUAGUCAUUGUUGACCACACAAAGAACAGUUUUUGGUGUGAAUCAGACCUCCUGAAACAAACUUAACCACCAGCAGAAGCUAAACUAAACUAAACUAAACUGACUAAAUACAUACAGUAGUCAGUGGAUGAACACCGUACUGAGCAGCUCCAAUAAAAAUGAUAACAAACUACAGAUGUAUACACUAAGAUGAUGAAUGGAAAACUAAACUAAAAAAAAUUACUCCUUAAAUUGUAUUGUUUACACCAAAGGUUGAGGGAUUGUUUUAAUGCCUUUAAAACUGAAUGUACAGCAAACAUAAUGCACUUAAUAUGAGGAAAUUAAAUGGUAUGUACGAUCCACGGUGACAUAAAUAUAUCAUAGGAUGCAAAUGCUACAUUGAAUUUCAUAUUCCAGCCACACUGCGUUGUAUAAAAUAUGAUUGUGAAGCUUGCUACUUUUGUGAAUAAAUGUGAAAUAGAACAAUUAUCUAACCAACUUAAAAUGACUUUCUGAGAAAGAAAAAUGCCUGAGAAAACGUGACAUGCCAUAAGUUGUACGUAAAAAAUGUUAUAGUAUAAAAAGAAAAAAAAACAUCUCAUACCUUUUCUUCCUGGACAAGUAAAGAAUUCAUUAAUUAUAUUGUCACCAUGCAUCUUUAGCUUCAAAUUUCACAAAUUUCACACCAGCCUUUUUUUUUAAUAUGGCAAACCAUUACAUUUCUGAACUCCAAAAAUUGUUAAUCAUCAAUUUGUACUAGUUCUUAUUUGCAUUAUUUAUUUAUGUUAAUGUUUUUAUCUGAGCAAUACAGUCAUUAUAUUUAUUUGCUUUAUUUAAUGCUUAAAUUAUUUAUAGCUAUAAAGUUUGCUUUUUGGGCAAGUUAAUCAUGAAAAGUCAAAGUUCAACAUUAUUGUUUUUCUUUGAUAACUAUUGUUUUCUUCUCUUACUGCAAAUGGGGUUGAUUAUCCUUUAAACUGAACAUUUCACUCAAUGUUGAGAGCUCCUCUGUAUGCACUGUUCAUCCAAAUCUUAUCCAUCAAUGAUUUUUAUUUUCUUAGCUUGUUAAUGUUGCCAAGAAGAGCCAUCAAUAUUGUGCUACACUGAAAGUUGAGAAACUGAAAACUUUCCUUUCCUUAGGAAUAUUUUCUAAAAUUGCACUGUACUAUAAUUAUAAAUAGUUUAGUGACGGAGUGAGUGGUCGGAUGAUAUGUGCAUGUGUAAUGUAUUAUCCUUGACAUCUCUCUGUGCUUUCUUUCGCUUAGAGGGGAAACUCACUCUUUACUGCCAACAAAUCAUCGCAAGGAUAUGACAAAUAAAUCAUGAUUCUAAAAAUCAUGAACUUGGAUCAGGUUUACUGUAUCUUAAUGUUACUUUUAUCAAUAACCAUACAGUCAUGAAAAUUUUACCAUCUUAUUGAAGGUUAUCAAAGAGAUUUGAACUAUAAUCAUUCAUUCCUAUGAUGCUACCACAGAAUACAGAUUUUACAGUUUACCAGAAUCUACAUAAAAGUACAGGAUUAUGCUAUAGGUUGUUCAAAUAUUUGAAAGCCAUAACUGCUUGAAACACUUAUACAACACCUCAACAAAUUAUACUACGCGGGAACUUAGUGCCUAUGUGGCACAACCCUUUUCAACAACUCAGUAUAACAGUAAACUUCAUAUGACAUUUAACUCAGAUCUGGACACUUCUUAAUUCCAUACUAACAGCAACAAUUGUUAACAGAUUCUUCUAGCCACAUGCUUCAGCCAAGUGCAUUGUUGUGCACUGUCGCGAGACAUCUGCAUUACUAAAUACAACACACACAUCCAGUCUAUCACUCCCCUCUUUCCUCCGACCCACAGUAACACUUCACUUUCUCUCAAAACUUCUCAAUCCCUCUGUUUCUCUUCGCUUACCUUCGGGUGCUAGUAAGAAUAUGUCUGCAGUUGUGUAUGAAAUAUAUAUCUUGUGAACAUGCAUCUUUCCUCUUUUCAUUCCUAACCCCAUAUCUAGAGGAUAGUCUCCAGUGAAAGUAUUACCUUGUGCUCUUUCUGAUGUUUGUGUGCGAUAACUCUUCCCAAAUAUGGAGUGUUUGAUGUAAAUGGAACUACACUUAAAAAGAGGUUAAAUUUGUCCACAAUAAAUAAUUUUGUGGAAAA